GGAGGGCGCUCAGGCGCGGGGCAAAGGAGGGACCCGGCAGGCGGGAGCUAGGACGGGGACCCUGCUGGGCCCAGCGCAUCAGUUGAUGGCGUCUGCCCAUCCCAGCCGGUGUUGCCUAGCUGGAGGCAGUGUCCAGUUGCGACACCAGAGACACCAGGGACACCAAGGGCCCCAUUGUCCCAGCGAGGGCUUGGUGAUAUUUGAGGAUGUGGCUCUGCAUUUCUCCCAGGAGGAGUGGGGGCUUCUCAGUGUGGCCCAGAGGAGCCUGUACCGUGACGUGAUGCUGGAGAACUUUGCUCUCAUUAGCUCUCUAGGUUGCUUGUGUAGGGUGAAGGAUGAAGCUCCUUCCAAGCAAGUGAAGAGUUGUGGAAUCCAUGUGGGAGAGCAUCCCCGCACAUGUGAAGAGCAGGGUGACAACCCAGCCACUAAAGGCCUCUGGCCUCAAGUCCCCCUGAAUGAGGGGAAAAUACGAGGGAGCCUUGAGCAGAGGCCAGCCCUCCCUAGCCCCAGUCAAAAGCCACAGCAGGGCAUCCAUGCCACACAGAAGCCCUUUAAGUGCAGUAACUGCAGAGAAAGCUUCCUGAAGGCAUUUGCUCUCCUCAACUAUCUGAUAGCCCACCCUGAAGAGCGGCACUUCCAAUGCCCAGCAGGCAGAAGUGUCCCCACCAAGAACUCAGCCCUCCCUGAUGACCAGAAAGAUCCGCAUGAAGAAGAUGCCCAUGUGUGUGGUGAGUGUGGGAAAGCCUUCAGCUAUGCAUCCAAACUGAGGAAGCACCAGAAGAUUCAUAUGGGCAUACGGCCUUUCCAGUGCAGUGAAUGUGGGAAGACCUUCAGCCGCAAAGAUGCUUUGGCACUGCAUGAAAGAACUCACACUGGAGAGCGGCCGUAUGAGUGCAGCAGGUGUGGCAAGGCCUUCAGUGUGCUCUCUACCCUCAUUCGGCAUCGGAAGGUCCACCUUGGAGAAAGGCCCUAUGAGUGCAGGGAGUGUGGAAAGUUCUUCAAGUACAACAAGAGCUUUGUUCUUCACCAGAGAGUCCACACUGGAGAGAGGCCCUUUGUGUGUGAGCACUGUGGGAAAACCUACGUCACCCGUUCAGGCUUGUACCAGCACUGGAAGGUCCACACUGGAGAGCGACCAUACGGGUGCAGCCUGUGUGGAAAAACCUUCACCACCCGCUCCUACCGCAACCGGCACCAGCAGUUUCACACUGGGGAGAGGGCCUACACGUGCACUGAAUGUGGGAAAGCCUUUAAGCACAGUUCUACCCUGCAUCAGCACAGGAAAAUUCAUACCGCAGAGGCCUCUGUAGGCCAGCGCAGGCGGAGAUGCCACAAGCGACUAGCAACUGGCUCAGCAGGAGAAACCUCAUCCCAGAAAGAUGGGGAAAAGCAGCCUUUGUGAGGGUGCUAUCUGAAAGAAGUGAGGCCUCCUACACCCAGAUGCCAUCCUGCACUCCACCUGACCCUGGGAGAUUCCAUGCAUGCCACCUGCAUGGGAAGCUUUGGGAGCCACACUGCAUUCUCUGCCUGUUCCAGCUGUUGGCACAUCACUAUUGGCUCCUGUGACAGAAGCCAUCCCACCUCCAACAGGCAGGUUCCCACUGUGUAUGUAGUCACCCCUCUAUGUCCAGGUAAACUGACCUCAUCCCCCCUAUAGGAAGGAACUGUGAAUGUUGGAGCCCACGACAGGCCUCCUCUUCCUCCCUGUGACUGAGAGGUGUGGACAGGACUGUACUGGCCAAGAGGAGCUAAGCCAUCUUCUUGGAAGCGUCUAGAUCUUACCAUUUUCAUAGACACUCAACACCGCUUGUGGUAGUUGUCCUACCAUGGCAGAUGCUACUUCUUGCUGCUUGGGAAAUGUAAUAAAAGCCUUAAGUCAUAUUUUGUAGUUGGGGUUCUGAUUCAUGUGUGUGUGACACAUGUGUGUUGGGGGUUAGGAUCUGAACUAGGCUCUCACACUGUGAGUAGAGAAUCACUUUCCUGGGUUCCUGGGCUCUCGUCUGCCUUGGUAGGGACUGCAGGAUGGCAGAGAGCAGCUGUGGUCAAUGUUAGCCAGUCUGAUGUUGGGCUCUCUUGUGGGAUGGAGCAAGAAAACCCUGUACUUAUGGGAUGUGGCUUCUGAGACCCAGCCAGUGUCUUUGGAUGCUGUGCUAGGAGUACUGUUGUGUACCACUGCACCUGGUUCCACUCACCUUCUUUGUCAGGUAUUCAGUGCACAUGCCUCUGGCUGGUAUAAGUAAUCACUUGAAAGUCAUAGGAUGUGGGUUGAAUGAAGCAUGCUAAUGAGUCAGCCAAAGGACUUGCCAGAAUGUGAGCAGAGGGGCUGUCUUGUCCCAAAAGGUAAGAUUUUGCAGCCACCUUUCCUCAUUUGUUUGUUUUGGGGGUUUUUGCUGUUGUUUUG